GGAGCUUCGCCAUCGACCGGCUGCGAUCGGCUUGUUCAUCUGAGUGUCGACACGAGUGAGUGUCUGCCGGAGCUACGAGACCUGCAGAGGCGGUGGCGAUGCUUUCGGGCACGGAGGCGGCGGCAGGGGACUACGAGGACUCGGAGCUGCGGUGCCGUGUGUCUGUGGAGGAGCUGAGCCCGGGCGGGCAGCCGCGAAGGCGCCAGGCCCUGCGCACCGCGGAGCUGAGCCUGGGUCGCAAUGAGCGGCGCGAGUUGAUGCUGCGACUGCAGGCGCCGGGGCCCGCGGGGCGGCCGCGCUGCUUCCCUCUGCGCGCCGCGCGCCUCUUCACGCGUUUCGCCGCAGCCGGGCGCAGCACCCUGCGGCUCCCGACUCAAGGCGCCCCGGGGGCCGGCGCGGUGCAGCUGCUGCUCUCGGACUGCCCCCCAGACCGCCUGCGCCGUUUCCUGCGCACAUUGCGCCUCAAGCUGGCUGCGGCCCCGGGUCCCGGGCCCGCCUCUGCCCGCGCACAGCUGCUGGGCCCGCGGCCCCGCGACUUCGUCACCAUCAGCCCUGUGCAGCCUGAGGAGCGGCGGCUCGGGGCGGCCACCCAGGUUCCGGACACCACCCUGGUGAAGCGGCCUGUGGAGCCCCAGGCUGGGGCCGAGCCUAGCACAGAAGCCCCAAGGUGGCCCCUGCCUGUGAAGAGGCUGCGCUUACCCUCCACCAAGCCACAGCUUUCUGAGGAACAGGCUGCUGUGCUGAGGGCCGUCCUGAAAGGCCAGAGCAUUUUCUUCACUGGGAGUGCAGGAACAGGGAAGUCAUAUCUGCUGAAGCGAAUACUGGGCUCACUGCCCCCCACAGGCACUGUGGCCACUGCCAGCACUGGGGUGGCAGCCUGCCACAUCGGGGGUACCACCCUUCAUGCCUUUGCAGGCAUCGGCUCAGGCCAGGCUCCUCUCGCCCAGUGCGUGGCCCUGGCCCAAAGGCCAGGUGUGCGGCAGGGCUGGCUGAACUGCCAGAGGUUGGUCAUUGACGAGAUCUCAAUGGUGGAGGCAGACCUGUUUGACAAACUGGAGGCCGUGGCCAGAGCUGUCCGGCAGCAGAACAAGCCAUUUGGAGGGAUCCAGCUCAUCAUCUGUGGGGACUUUCUGCAGCUGCCACCUGUGACGAAGGGCUCCCAGCCCCCACGGUUCUGCUUCCAGGCCAAGAGCUGGAAAAGGUGUGUGCCAGUGACCCUGGAGCUGACCAAGGUGUGGAGGCAGGCAGACCAGACCUUCAUCUCUCUACUGCAGGCCGUGAGGCUGGGCAGGUGCUCAGAGGAGGUGACCCGCCAGCUCCGGGCCACAGCUGCCCACAAGGUGGGGCGAGAUGGGAUUGUGGCCACGAGGCUCUGCACCCACCAGGAUGACGUGGCCCUCACCAACCAGAGGCGGCUGCAGGAGCUGCCAGGUAAGGUACACAGAUUUGAGGCUAUGGACAGCAAACCUGAGCUAGCCAGUACCCUGGAUGCCCAGUGUCCCGUUAACCAACUCCUUCAGCUAAAGCUGGGAGCCCAGGUGAUGCUGGUGAAAAACUUAUCGGUGUCUCGGGGCCUGGUGAAUGGUGCCCGAGGGGUGGUUGUCGGGUUUGAGGCUGAAGGGAGAGGGCUACCCCAGGUGCGGUUCCUAUGUGGAGUCACUGAGGUCAUCCGCGCUGACCGCUGGACAGUUCAGGUCACCGGGAGCCAGCUCCUUAGCCGGCAGCAGCUGCCCCUCCAGCUGGCUUGGGCAAUGUCCAUCCACAAGAGCCAAGGCAUGACCCUGGAUUGCGUGGAGAUUUCUUUGGGCCGAGUGUUUGCCAGUGGCCAGGCCUACGUGGCCCUUUCCCGGGCCCGCAGCCUGCAGGGCCUACGUGUGCUGGACUUUGACCCCAUGGCGGUUCGCUGUGACCCCCGUGUGCUGCACUUCUAUGCCACCCUGCAGCAGGGCAGGAGCCUCAGUCUGGAGUCCCCAGAUGGUGACGAGGCAGCCUCAGACCAGGAGAACGCGGACCCAAACCUCUGAGCCUCACCUGCAAAGAGAAGACAAAGGGUGGCCUCCACGUCCUCCUGCUCCUUAGUGGGCCAGGGCCCCGGGGAGUAACUGGAGGAGGUGGCCAGUGUCCCCUUCUGUAUUUUUUAGGGGCUCUCAGCCUCCCAGCAGGGUUAAAUGGAGAGUGCUUUCCACCCAUGUGCCAGCUGUGUUUCAGUUUCUCUCUUUUCCCUGGGUGAGCUGCUUCAGGGUCAGAAGUAACCCUUACUGUGACAGUCGAGAAUGAGCCUGUGUGGUAGCUGGUGUCAGAGGACAAAGCUCUCUGCAAGGGCUGGACACAGAGCUGCAGAAUCCUCAACACCCCUCCUUUUGGGCUGCAGAAGGGAGAGGCAGUGAAAACGGGUGCUCUGGAAGUAGAAUCAGGCCUCUCUUGGAGGGGACCGGGGAGCACUCAGGCUGGAUACAAACAGAGAGUGGAACUUAAGUGCGUCUCCACAGCUAGGCCCAGCCCAGCCCAGCCCAGCCCAGCCCAGCCCAGCCCAGAACAAACACCCUUCCGAGCCUACCCUGAGAACAUAAGCUGCAAAAUGUGCACCCAUAUUUUAAGCUGCUUUUUCAGGGGAUGAAUAGUGUUUGGGGACAUUGAAAAAUGGGUGUUCUCAGGUUGUAUUUAUUUUGGACAAAUAAACUAGUGAAUUG